AUGAAUAUUAUUAGAAAAGUCAUUUUAGGCUUAAUUACAGCGCAGGCAUCAUGGGCGGCUGCAUCUGGGCUCUCUUCGCUGUGCUCCUGUGUGAAUCCCUCUGGGGUCUGUGCGAUCUUGUGCAUGCGCCCAGGCUUCAACAAUCCCGUUAUGGGGAAUAGAACUCCUGCGUACAAGGUAGUGCAUCCCGGAAUAAUGCCUCCCAAGCGGGAAAGGCGCAUUGUUUAUGUGCAAAGGCCGACUCUGUACCCUGCGCGCAAGAGCAUGCCCGUUGUUGCCCCGAAUUCCAUGAACUUCCCGCUUUCCGACGAGCAAAUAGACCGCCCAGCGUGCACAACGGCAACAGAAACCGAGUAUAGCACCGUGACAGAGACGCACACAAGGGUUAUAACCCGGAAAACAAUCAGGAUUUUGACAACCACGCACAUUUUAACGAGCAAGGUCCCGGUCACCAUCGAAAAAGUCAAGAACAUAACCCGCCUGCCCAAAACCACGACCUCCACGGAGACCCACACAAAAACCCUUAUGCUGACGAAAACACAGACAGUCACCAGCACGCUCCCCCCUAUUAUACAGCCAGUGACUGUGAAGAGCGUGAAAAUUGUGACUGGAAGCACGCGCACGGCGACAAAGGAGGUUCGAGUGCCUCCCUCUAUUUACACCCGCACACAAACAGUCACAACCACGCUCCCUCCAAAUCCCCCGAUAAAAGUGACUUUCGUGUCUACAAAAACGCGCACGCAAACGGUCACUGUGGAGCCGUCUCUGUACAAAGACUACGUGAAUGUGCAGCCCCUUCCCGACAACUCCGGAGUGGUUUUGGAGUUCCACGACUCGAACAACAAAGUCAAGCGAGUGAAUGUUGUGACCCGGCACCCGAAUGCCCCCAAUACCCAUGCGAAAGAAUCUGCAAAGAGUCUUUUCCCGCAGAAUAAGCUCUCAAGCAGCGCAGCCGACAGUCCCCCAGAUCCUGUGCAGGCAGCUGCCCAGAAGCGCCCGCGAAGUGAAAAGCCCGCUGUUUACACGGAGACUGCGUAUGUAACUGCGACUGUGCAGGCUCCCGUGACAAUUACGCGCACAAAAAACCACACGAAAACGGAAACUACCACCAAAACAGUGCAGCCAGAGACUGUUAUUCGCACAAUAAGCGUGACUUUGGAGAAGCCCGUCUUGAUCACAAAAACGCGCACAGAGACAAGCACAUACACAAAAACAGAAGUUCUGGAGCCCACAAGGCCUGUAAGCUCUCCUCUCCUGAGCCCGCGAGCGAAAACUGCCACUGUUACAGAGACGCAAAUCGUGCCUGUGACCAUAUCCCAGGAGAAUACUAAGUUUAUUACAAUCACACAGCAGCACAAAGUCCUUCCUACGACAGACAAGUCCUCCCAGUAUUUCCAAAUUAUCACCGAGCUCAGACAGCAGGUGGGAGAGUACAGGCAAAUGCUGGAGAAAGCGAACGAGACAAGCGAUUCGUACCACAGCGAAGUGAAGAAACUGCGGUCUCUUCUCAGCCAUGCAACCACCCACUAA